UUAUUGUUAGAAAUUAGGAAUAUCACUAUACGUCACUAAUAUUGCAUUAUGUCUUGUAUGCCCAAUCUGCCAUACAACUUACAUGUAGAAGUUACGCCGUGAUGCUGUUCAUUCUUUCAACGAUGAAGUACAAACAGUUCAUUGGAGUUGCUUUGAUUUGGGUCUCAAAUUUUCUGUUGUUUACAGAAUGUGACCAUUGCCCUAUAAGAAUUGAAGAUCCAGAAUGGAACGCAAUGUGGUAUCUUAACAGGACAAAUGGACAUGACAUGAAUGUAUUGCCAGCAUGGAGAGUUUGUGUAAAUGGUACUGGAGUGACAGUUGGUGUGGUUGACAAAGGCGUCCAGGACCACAUAGACAUCAACAUUGAAAGAUCGUUGGAUUCUGGAUAUACACGCGUUAGUAGACCGAUAUAUCAAAAUUGGUCACGCCAGUGGCUAUUGUCCAGAUACAGGUUUGGUGGCAACGCAUGGAAUAGAGAAGAUCAAGGAACAUUAAAACAUGGUACAAGAGUAGCCGGUAUUAUUGCAGCGAAGAAGAAUCGGCAGGGUAUAAUUGGAAUUGCUUUUGGAGCUGAAAUUGCUGAUGUUAAAAUAGCCUCGUCAGAAGUAUACGAAACAUUUGAUGCGAAUUUACUCAGAGAUCGUAGUGAUGUUAUAGAUGUUUACAGUUGUAGCUUUGCUAACUUCCAUACCGGAACAAAGACAUAUCCUUUGCUUUCCAAUCAAGAAAGUUCCUUGGAAUACGGAACAACUUAUGGAAGGGAUGGUCUUGGAUCUGUCUAUGUUUCUACUACUGGAAAUACGGGCGGAGAAGAAACAGAUGUCUUUCGUGAUAGUUGUUCUUAUGACAGACUGGUUGCCAAUAGAUAUGUGAUAUCUGUAGCAGGUAUUCAGCAUAAUCUUCGAAAACUUCCUAAUGGUGAAGCUUGUAGUGCUAUGAUGGUUGCAGCCUUUACUGAAAAAGCAGGUGAUAGGAGUAACAGAAGAGUGAUAACAACGGAUACUGGAAACACAACCACCUCAAGUUUUAACCAGAACGAAGCAGCAGUACCAAUGGUAUCAGGUGCUGUAGCUCUUGCUUUAAGUGCCAAUCCUUCUCUUACUUAUCGCGACAUUAUGCAUCUACUGGUACAGACGUCAAGGAGUAAUCUCCCAGAUAACAUAUACAGAUCGAAAUUCAUAACAAAUGCUGCAGGAAUCGGAGUGUCAUCAGAUUUUGGAUUUGGACUACUUGAUAUUGGCACUCUAGUCGAAAGGAGUAAAACCUGGAUUAAUGUCCCACAAAGACAAAAUUGUACAGCAACAAAAACGUUUAACAGUCCACUAAGUCGUGACUCCAAUUACUUUGUGGUUGAAAUGACCGGAUGCUCUGCUACCUAUAUAGAACAUGUUGAAAUAUCAUUAAAAAUAAAUCAUCAACAUGCUGGACAGAUAAAAUGGGAUCUCGUUUCUCCGUAUGGCACAAAAUCUACAGUUCUACCUGGCAGAGGUCUCGAUCCUGCUUCAUAUAUGAACAUAACUGUCUUAACUGUUCAAAUGUGGGGAGAAAAUCCUAACGGAUACUGGAAAAUUGAACCAACAGCUGUGUUUGGUAAAACCCUUGAUAACGGCAAUGUAGAAUCAGUAAACAUAUCGAUUCAUGGAUAUGAGUGUCCCCGUCCUGACGAAUGUCUGCCAGCUGCUGAACAAGGAGUGGGAGUUUGGGGCGGAUGGCUUCCAUGGUCACAGUGUACAGGUGUAUGUGGACAAGGUACUAAAAGUCGAUUUAGACUGUGUAACGACCACAGCAAUUCAAAAUAUUGUCCAGGAGACAGUUGGGAGAAAGUACCAUGUCUUCUUCCUCAAUGUCAGCCAGAAAUACAAUCAGGACCACAUUAUGUUGGAUGUCCAUCCCCAUCGUGGUUAACAUCAAGAUGUAUUGAGCAGUGUUCGGGAGACAACGAGUGUAGUGGAGAUGCGAAAUGCUGUUUUAACGGAUGUGGUCAUACAUGCGAAAUAUCUAGAACAUGGUAUAGGACACCAGUCAAUGUCCCGUUAGUGACAGGCAAUAGACCUGGUGAAUGUCCAUUGCAUUUAACAAGAAGAUGCGUUGAACAGUGCUCAAACGACGAUGAUUGUCUUGGACAAGGCAAAUGCUGUUACAACGGCUGCGGGCAUACAUGUGAAGCAGACAAUGCUUUGAUUUACUCUGUUGGAUGUCCUGUGCCAUCAUUGUUAACAACAAGAUGUGUUGAACAGUGUUCAAGUAACAGUGAUUGUUGGGGACAAAAUAAAUGUUGUUUUAACGGAUGUGGUCAUACAUGCGAGAUACCUACCGCACUAGAUCCCGUUAUACCAACAACCACAGCCCCGACAGAGCCAGAUCGUGCAUUACCAACACAACCGGAAUGGACAGAGCAAGAUCAAGAAACAUUGACACAAGAAGAUUCGACAGAGCCAGAUCGUGCAACACCAACUGAUUUAGAUUUGACAGAUCUAGAUCAUACAACACAAACACCAACAGCCUCGACAGAACAAGAUCAAGAACCACUGACACCCACAGCUUCUUCAGAGACAGCUUGUGCAACACCUACACAACCAGAUUGGGCAGAUCUAGGUUGUAUAGACCUAUGGGAAGAUUGCAGUAGUUAUCAAGACAGAGAUGGAUUGUGCAAUCAACCAAAUCUUCGAGAUAAUUGCAGAGAAACAUGUGGAUUGUGUUUUGCAGUUGAAAAUUGAGCAUAUUGAAAUCAAUGUAAUAAAAAAUGUUUAAGCAAAUUCUUAAAUGAA